AUGGAUAUACAUCGACUCCUUAAUACUCCUCCGCGAAGACGUUUACCGUCUGAGAUCCUUGAGACUCCACCACCACCACCACCCAUUCCACUUUCACAGCUCUCUACACAAUCGUGGGACUCCCAAAAUGGCCCCAGGCCCCUUUGUGAGUCCUCAUUUACCUCAGUAAGCUCACAGAGUGAUCUGCCACAGACUCCAAAGAAAGGACCUUAUGCCCCAACACUUACACGUACCGAUCGCAUACGAAUUAAGACCGCUUUCGAUUUUAAUAUCUCACCAGAGGAGAUCCGCAAGCAAUACGGCUACACACUCUCUCAGAUCCAACGUGCGAGGAGUGCCCGGCUUACUCCUCAAGUCCACCGCCGUGGAGCGAAACCUAAAAUCGAUACCCCUCGUCGUUCUGCCUUAGAGAAAUGGCUCCUUGAAUCACCAUCUCGUCGACACGUUGCUUGGAGACAUAUACGAGAGAUUGCUCCGCCAGACCUUCGUUUACAAGAUUGUGGACCAUAUGCAAUGCAGACAGCUUUCAAGCUUGUAGGAUAUGGUAGACGGCUUUCCAAGAGAAAGGGGUUUUCAGACGAUCCAGAGGUUAUGCAAGAGCGUAUCGACUUUGCAGAGGAAGGCCUUACUUGGACACCUGAACGACUCUUUCACCAGGUCUUUUCUGACGAGGUU